AUGCUGAACGCUUACCCCAUCACUGCUUUCCCGACAAAGGAAGUUUACCAGUAUGAGAUCAAUGUUCUGCACGGUACUACAAAUGAGACCGACAGGCGGGUUCUCCGCAAGUGUUGGAACAGUGACAUCCGCAAGGAACGUAUUCCUGAUGGUAUCUGGGAUGGUGGAAGGAUCUGCUGGUCCCUUCGACAGUUCAACGGCUGGAAUGAGGAGGUCAUUUUUAAGAGUGACAUGGCCCGAGAUCUCAAGACGGUAGAUCUCAAGAAGAAUCCCACUUUGCGAAUGUCGGUGAUGCCGAAGCGUAAAGUCCAGCUCUCAAAGAUCAGCGAUUGGCUGGCAACCGGAUCAACCCUUGACGAAACCGUGAUUGAGGCUCUCAGUUUCCUGGAUCAUUUGCUUCGCGAGUGGCCCACUCAGCAGUUUGUUGCUAUCAAGCGGGCCUUUUUCUUCGAUCACCUCGACGACAAUCCAAAGCUGCAGGACGAUUUCCAUCGUCCUCUGGCCAACUUCGGUGCUUCCGUCUAUCGGGGCAUCUACCAGGCAAUUCGCCCAACUCCG